AUGCAGCAGAAAAUUCAGGCUAUUACUGAGACAGGAUCCGUGAACUUCAGCCCUCAAGUUCAGACUCACAGCAGAAAGCAGCCCUUGAACAAGUACCUCUGUGGGAACUCCAUGCCCUGGCAGUUUAAUUAUUUAUCAAGUUUACUUUGGACAAGACAAGGUUCAGGAGAUCCCUCACGGCUCAGCGGCUGCUUUGUCUGUCUACGUGAGGACUUCGCGAUCGUCCAACCACGAGAACGGGCCGCUUCUCGAUCAGCUCGCCAGCAUCCGUCAGGGGACCAUCGCCUGGACUCGGCGGUUUGUGAGGGCCGGGGACCAACUCCCUCCCCGCCGCCGCUCUGGGGUCCGGGGUCCGGGCCUCCCGCGGCCGGAGACCUCACGCACCCGGGACCCUCCGACUCUGCGGCUUCAGCAGCAGAGGGUGCUGCUCCCCCGGCCGACCUCGCGGGCAGAGGCGGAAGACCCUAUAGUUUUGGACCCGCUCCUCCAGGCCUGAGGCCGCGCACCCCUUGGUGCCCGGCAGGCGGCCUGCGCGUCGGGCUGUGGUCCCCGCGGGGAGUCCCCGCGCCGCCUCACCUGCCGCUCCCCGGAAAUCUCGGCGCCGCCCUCCCUCCCCUCCGCGGCCUCGAAGUCCAGGUCCCGGGACCCAGAGAGCCACCGCGCAGCCGGAACUGGCCCCCGCACCUCCUCACGCCCAGGUCCCGGCAGGGCCCGUCUGUGGGCGGGACGCGAGGGCCGCGGCUUCCGUCUUCCUGCUUCCGGCCGGGCGAGUUCUUUUGCUUAUCUCUGAAACUUGAAUUAGUUAACUCGUUGGCCUGGAGAAAGAUCCAUCCCAGAAGAGCCUGGUUCCGACUGUGUGGCGUAGGAAGUCUGGGCGCAAGCUCAUCACCCGCACAGAUUUCCCACAUCUCAGAAGCAAGCAUACAGUAGAACUAGAGGCGGUGACAAAAAAAAAACAAAACAAAAAAACAAAA